UGCUUACGCGGUUCCUCGGAGGAGUCGGUUUGCUUUGUGUUGGCGUCAAGAGUCUCAUGUCUUCGACCGCAAGUCGAGUGCCACCACACGCGGGAAUUAACGCUCUCCGUGGUCAACGAGCCACCCUUCCUGCCGGCAGGUGCGCCAAUCUCAACAGCGUACCUGAAGAUCAUGUGCGCAUCUCAAGGGGAUUGUAAUCCCGGGGGACGAGGAUUCUGCACUGUAAUGCACCUCUUCGGCGGAAGAGGGUUUUUGUCUGUUGCAUCCCAACGUAGAUGAGACAUGAGGGAUUUGAGUCGUAGUGCACUGAUCACGGACUCAAAGUUACAUUCUCAAUUCAUUCACGGAGUAAUCUGAAGCUGAAAAACUAGAAGCUACGUAUUGCAAGGCAGAUAAUUGGAUGAUGCUGUGAGUCCCAUGAGCUCUUCGUCUGUUGUGACCGUCCUCAGCUUGUCUUGUCAGUAUGACAGCUCCUGUUCUGCUAGCUUUUUCAGAACAUGGGCGGGCCAUCCCCACGACGAGCUUCUUAAUUGACCUUCACCAGCAAUCAUUAUUAUUGGAUAGCUUUGUCUCGUGGGGAAGAGAUCAUAGACUCAUUUUUUUCAUCUCAAGAAAAAGAUGCCAAUUGUUCGAUUCCUUGAUGAACAAGACUGUUUCCUGCAUGCAUGUCAAACUUUUUCUCCUUUUGCCAGUGCCACAGAGGAAAUGAUGGAGUCAUCGACACUGAAGGUAGUCUUACAAAGACCAUAAUGUAGCUGCUCCUCCGGUUCAUGAUUUUGAGCAGUGCGAUGGCGCCAAAUAAGUUAUGCCUGAUGGGACGAUCCACCGCGCAGACACAAUUCCCGGAAGUUGCCGCUCCGGCGAGCCGCUCUCCCAAGACCAUAACGCUGCGUCCCUCCUCCGAUUCCCUGCCCGGACGAGCUCGCUACCUCCGCCGUCAAAUCAAGAAGCCUCCUUUCUCAGGUGGGAGGCGGAGCUUCCCCGUCACUCCCCACUUGAGUUGGAAGCUGGACGAUGCGGAACGGUUGGUGCGGAAGCCUGAGCGGGUCGGUCCGAGCGGAGAAGGUCGACGGGAUGACAAGAGUGCCGCAGGAAGGCUGUUGACUGGAUUAUCGGCGAGGAAGCUCGCGGCGGCGUUGUGGCAUUUUCAGGCGGCAGAGGUUAGUGGUGGCGGGCGGGAACGCCGGAGAGCUCGGCUAGGGUUGGAGCCUGAUCCAAGGAAUCUUCGCCUUCCAAAUGUCUGUCAUCAUGAUAGAACAGGCCUCCUCGGUAGCAUCAGUAAUGAGCUUGUUAGUUCUAUCUCAUCCGACCCGAAAGCUACUUCACGGAAGCUCGAAGCAUCUGCUUCAUAUCUCGAUUUGGCAAUGGAGAAAGCAACAAAAUGGGAGGCUGGGUGCUUAAGGUCUUCGGAUAAGGUUUAUCACGAUGAUGGUCACCUAAAGCUUCCCAAGGAUUGGCUGACGACUACUUCCAUCAUUUCUAUUCUUCAGGCAGAGCUCAAGCAGGCUCGUCACCGCAUUAAUGAGCUUGAAAAUGAGAGACGAUCUGCCAAGGAAAAGCUGAAUCACUUCUUGAGGAAGCUUGCGGUUGAGAAGGCUUCAUGGCAGAAUAGAGAGAGUAGAGAGCAUGAGAAAGUUCUGAACAUUAUUGAAGUCAUCAAGGAUGACCUCAGUAGAGAGAGGAAAGUUCGGAAGAGAGUGGAGAUCAUGAAUUCCAAGCUUGUACAUGAGCUUGCUGAGGCCAAGUUAUUAGCAAAGCAGUCCUUGCAAGACUAUGAGAAGGAGAAGAAGGAACGUGAGCUCAUUGAGGAGGUAUGCAAUCAGUUUGCAAAGGAGAUCGGGCAUGACAAAGCUGAAGCAGAAUCUUUGAAGAGAGAAUCUACAAAAAUCCAGGAAGAAUUGGAUGAAGAGAGAAGGAUGCUGCAGAUGGCAGAGGUUUGGCGUGAAGAAAGGGUACAGAUGAAACUGGUAGAUGCAAAACUCAUGCUCGAGGAAAAGUAUGCAGAGUUGAGCGAGCUUCAAGCAGAUCUAGAUGCAUUUCUCAGAGCACAUUCUGAUUCUAAUGGAAAUAUGUCAUUGCUGAAAGAAGCUGAGGCGUUUAGAGAGGCGGUCAGCUUACUGAAGUUCCAGGACAUUAAGUUCCAUUACCAGCCUCCUCCAACUUCAGGGGAUAUCUUCUCUGUUUUUGAAGAACUCCAGCCAAGAGAAGAAACUAUUGAAAGAGAGAUUGACCCAUGCUGUGGUUACAGCCCUGCAAGUCAUGCCUCCAAAAUCCACACGGUGAGCCCUGAAACUGAUAUCUUUCUGGAAAAUCCAAUGAAGAUGAGAGAUGAGGAUCACAGCGACUUGGAGUCCAUGAGCUAUGCUGAGGGGCAGGGUUCUUGUAAUUCUCCAGAGGCCCAUGAAGAAAGCGUUGCUUCAGUUAGUGGAACUGAUUGUGAUAUGAAAAGAGAUAAUGACAGCUUAAACAGUGAAAUUAGUGAAGUUUGUUCAAGAACCACCAGGCAAUCCAGGAAGGUGUCUUCUAUAGGUAGAUUUUGGAGGUCAACUUGUACAAGCAAUGGCAACAAGAAGAAAUUUUCAGUAGGUUUAUCAAAUGAGAACCUAUUGAGAGGUCGGAUGUUGAACGCCACUCUAUCUCCUGACAUGAAUUCAGGUGAAGUUUGCCCAAGCUCACCGAGUGUGGGGCAAGAGUGUUCCUCUAAUUCGAUAAACUCUCAUAUCAGCAGAGGAACAGAAGGUUGCAUCGAAUGAGCAAGGGAGGCAAAGAAUCACAGUUUGAAGGCUAAGCUUCUCGAGGCAAGAAUGGAGAACCGGAAGAUUCAGUUGUGCGACGUUAUGAAACAUAAUUCUUAGGAUGAACAUUGAUCUCCCAAUGGAGAUUGUACUCUCAAUCAAGCUGGUUGAAUUUUGUCUUUAUAGUAGUACUUGUAUCAUAUCUAAAGCACGAGUACCAGAGUAUGUGUACGUAUUCCAUGGAAAGUCACUACCACAACUUAGAUUGCAGUUGAAUGAGAAUUCAUAUCUAAAACAUGAUGUAUAAAUAUUCCAUGGAAAGUCACUAUUUGUGGCUGAUGGAGAAUUUGGGUCA